CACUUCCUCUUUGUGAUUCAGAGAGUGAAAGCACAGCAGUACUGAACACAACCAUCAUCCAACUCAUGGAGAAUGGAGACCUUAAAGAUCAUAACCAUCAUCCAAACUGUUGCUUUAAUACAAGGAUACGACAGUCUCAUCUCUACCGAGCCUCCAAAGGUCACAGUUAAUGUGAAACAUCAGGGAUCUGGCUCGUGCUCCGGGACCCUCAGCAACUCUCCAGUUAUAGCCAUGGAGGAUAUUAACCAUCUCUCCUCUCAGAUCUGUCUGUCUCUGGGAUGUGGUGAUGUGUAUAAAUUAGGGGCAUAUGAUGCAGAAUCCAACAGUACCUGUCUCACAGGCUGCCGUUAUCAUGACUCUGAGCUAAGCAGCUGCAGUCAGACUGUAAGAAGCAACUGCAAGAGGCUUUCUGAGGUCAUUUGCGGUUCCCCCUUGGUGGCUCAAAUAUCUAGCCCAUGUUCCUGGACUAUCAAAUCCCCAGACCCGAAAUCUUCUGUGUCUCUGACUGCAGACACUGUCCACAAUGUGUCCCGUGAGGUAUGCCGUGAGCUUGGCUGUGGACAGGUCUACAGUCUCAGUCAGAGCAGAGCGGGAUUGAACACAACCUGUUUCACAAACUGUGUUUAUCACAACAAUCAGCUGAAGAACUGUAGUGAGGUUAUUAACUCCAAUUGCUCAGUCCUUUCUGAAGUUAAAUGUGGCAAUGCUGCCGUUCGGUUGGAGGGGGGCGGUCAUCGCUGCGGGGGCCGUGUGGAGGUGUGGAGGGGCUCCUGGGGUACAGUGUGUGAUGAUGGAUGGGAUAUGGAGGAGGCACAUGUGGUCUGUGCACAGCUGGGCUGCGGGUACGCUGUGUCUGUCAGUGGGCAGGGUGAACCAUACGGCCAGGGCACAGGCCUCAUACACAUGGAUGAGCUCAACUGCACUGGAAAAGAGAGGAGCUUAUGGGAAUGUCCGGCGAUUACGAAUGGACACGAUUGUGGACAUAAGGAGGACGCAGGUGUGGUUUGCUCAGAAUACAAGGCUCUGCGACUGACAGGAGGUCUGGACCGAUGCUCUGGGAGAGUGGAGGUCCAUCGCAAUGGUAGCUGGGGGACAGUGUGUGACGCAUCCUGGCAGAAGGAAGAAGCCAAAAUGGCCUGUAAUUUGCUGAACUGUGGAGAGGUCAAACAAUUCACGGCUUUUGACAAAGCCUUCGAGCAUAAAAAUGGAUCACUCUGGUAUUUUUACUGUUCGAAGGGUACCACAUACCUGUGGCAUUGUACAGAGCUCAUUAAUAAUAAGUUUGCGUGCCAGGAAUCAAAAGCAGCUGGGCUGAUUUGCAAUAAUUCUCUUGGUCUGCCUGUUCCCACCAGUCCACAACCAACCUCAGCACCAGCAACCACAGUGACUAUGACAAUGGACAAACCACCUGGAUUGUUUCUUACUAAAGUGCAGCUGGGAAUAAGAAAUAACAUUUUACACAAUUCAAUUCGAACACCAUUGAAAUUUACAACUGAGCCAGUUGUGUGUUUCCCCUCGUUGUGGUUAGCUGCUGUGGCCCAGAAGAGAUACAUGAACCUGCAGGCCCCGGCCGAAGCAGAGGAAAACAACUACAGAGAUUCUGUGCAUCUCGUCAAAGUCACAAACAACAGCGGUUAUGCUGAGGUCCCAGUAUCUCCUCAACGUAUCUGGGCUCAGAGUAGCAUUGAGAGUGGAUCGUAUGACACAGACUAUGAGCAACAUGACAUCAGUCCGGAAACAGCUUUUCCUUUAUCCACUUUUCAAAACUCAAUGCGAUACAGUGCAGAUGGUAAAAGGCCUGCUGCGAGGGUCACAAACCUGAACAGUGUGACGGAGGAAGCUGUCCCGGCAGAGGCCACAGUGGGAGGAUACCAGCAAAUCUCUGAUCAUAAUGCACAGCAGAUGCGUGGAUCUGCUAUAAGUGUGGACUCGUUUGAGUCAUCCUGCACCUCGUCAGGAGAAAGCUAUGAAAACACAGGCACAAACGCACAGGACCCGUGCUCACAGGAGUCUGCUGAAUGUUAUGAAAAUACAGAGGACCUUCUACAAACCGCAGAUAAUUCAGAUGUCUUGAAGCAGGGAUCCGGAAGGUCAUUCCUGGGCCCCAACACAGAUCCUCCCUUCAGUUACCAAGACCUAGAUAAAGAGGGUGGCAGCAGAGAGGACUCCCCGUUGUACUCUCCCGUCAGCUAUGAUAAUGAGGCAGUCUCUUCAGAAAGUGACUAUGAUGACAUUGGCAAUUAUUUGCAACAACCUAGUCACUUACAUUAGCUACAGACUGUGAUGUGGCUACAUUUACACUUACACAAAUAAUGGUGAUGUAUAAUUUAUGAUGAAAUAAUCACAGCGAUGCAAUAGAAGAACCAUUUUUGGUUCCACAAAGAACCAUUCAGUCAAAGGUUCUUUAAAGAACUGUCUCUUUCUUAACUUUUUAUAAUCUGAAGAACCUUUUUUUGUGAAACAGAAAGGUUCUUCAGAUGUUAAAGGUUCUUUUUGGAACCAUUUAGACAAAAAAGGUUCUUCUGUGGCAUCAUGAAGCACCUUUAUUUUUCAGAGUGUACAUUGAGAAAUAUUCUGACUGAACUACAAGUACAGUAUUAGAAACCAUACCUGAGAAUCAUUUUACAGUAUAUCAUUCUUCUUUCAGACCUUUCAGUCUUUUCAGUGUUAUUUCUUUGUUCAUUCAUAUCUGCUUCUACAUAGUACAAUUAAACUUUAUCAUAAAUGUUUAAGCAAAUUUUAGCAUCACUGUAGGUACAUUAAGUCCAUACCAGUGUAAAAAGUACAAAUAUUUACAUAUACAAAUGCUUUUAUCUGAAUUUCUAAAUGCUUACAAGGACAUAUUAAUCAAAGGCGCUCUUUUAGAAUCAUUAUCUGAGGCUAAAAGCAGCAUCUGCAGCUGAUGACAUGCAAAUAAAAUGUUUUGAUUAUGA